UUUAUCAUUGGUGGUCUUUUUACUCCAUCUUAUAGGGUCAAUAAGAUUUCCAUAUCGGACUGCAGUUAUAGGUCAAAGAACAGAUUAGUUUCUCAUGUGUAAUCGCAAAUAACUCGACAGUAAGGAAAAGAACAUAGUUCAAAAUGAAUGUGCUGACUAAAGCUCGUACAAUUUCUAGUAAAUUAGGCAUUCGCUAUUACAGCGAAAAAGUUGGUAUAAUCGGAGUACCUUUUGACAAAGGACAGAAAAAGGAAGGAGUAGCUCAUGGACCUGAGGCGAUUAGAGCAGCAAGAUUGGUAGACGAAUUGAAAAUAUUAGAGUUGGACGUGCGAGAUUACGGCAAUGUGUUCUACAGUGCAAACAAUAUAGAUGACGUAAAAAAUAUGUCACAUUUGGGUCAUGUGGCCAGUUGUAUGAGUAGUUUAUCCGAACAAAUUCGGCAAGUGUUACGCGACGGCAGACAGGCAUUAACGAUCGGUGGUGAUCAUAGCUUGAGCAUCGGUACAAUCGAUGGACAUGUCAAGGAAAGGCAGGAUGUGGCGGUAGUGUGGGUGGAUGCUCACGCUGAUUUAAAUACUAACAAAACCAGUGAGAGCGGUAAUGUGCACGGGAUGCCGGUAGCAUUGUUAACUACGGAGCUAGCCGAUUAUUGGCCGUAUUUACCGGGCAUGGACUGGCAAAUGCCGAUAUUAUCCAUCAGAAACGUAGCUUAUAUCGGCUUGAGAUCCAUAGAUCGCUACGAAAGAUUGAUAAUCGAAAAAUUUGGUAUUACCGCUUACGGCAUGGAAGAUAUAGAACGUUAUGGUAUUCACGACGUGAUACAUAUGGCGCUUAACAAAAUAGAUCCUCAUAACGCAAGAUCUCUGCACGUCAGCUUCGAUAUAGAUGUGUUGGAUCCGCUUGAAGCACCUAGCACUGGAACGCCAGUACGCGGAGGACUGUCUCUUAGAGAAGCGAUCCACCUUAUGGAAGAAAUACACAGAACGCACAGAUUGAGCGCUAUCGACUUAGUGGAAGUCAAUCCACAAAUCGGUAGCGAACGAGACGUUGAGAUGACUGUGCAAGCAGCCAUACAUAUCAUCCAAGCGGCUUUGGGCUAUACAAGACGCGGUUUGAGAGUACCUAAGGGUAUAACCGACAUGCCUUUACAAACAUUCCAUUAACAUCUAUUUCAUGUAUACCUAUAUUUUAUCCUCGUAUCGCUUGUCAUUUUCAUUUAUCUUUACAAUACUAUUUUUAUAUAUAACAUAAAUAAAUAAAUUAUUUCUGAAU